UUGCAGAGUUGCAAUUUACUUUUCAUUUCUUCAUUUCCGAUCUAAAUUGACCAACACAAUUUGACAUUUAUUCCAUUCUUUCCUUUCUGCAACUCGCGGAACCGAAAGAUAUCAAUCAUCAGUUUCGUGCGACACGUUAAAUUCAUUCUAAGGAUUAUUCUGCAGUUUGCUCGUAUCCAGCAUGCAGGCAUCGCGGGCAAGGCUGUUCAAGGAGUACAAAGAGGUGCAACGAGAGAAGGCUGUUGAUCCUGAUAUUCAACUUGUAUGCGAUGAUUCAAAUAUUUUUAAAUGGACAGCUCUUAUUAAGGGACCCUCAGAGACUCCUUAUGAAGGGGGUAUCUUUCAGCUCGCUUUUUCUGUUCCAGAUCAGUAUCCUCUACAGCCGCCUCAAGUCCGAUUUUUGACUAAAAUAUUUCACCCAAAUGUCCAUUUUAAGACAGGGGAGAUUUGCUUAGAUAUCUUGAAAAAUGCUUGGAGCCCAGCUUGGACGCUUCAGUCUGUCUGUAGGGCUAUAAUUGCUUUGAUGGCCCAUCCAGAACCUGACAGUCCACUGAAUUGUGAUUCGGGUAAUCUUCUGCGUUCGGGUGAUGUUAGAGGAUACCAGUCCAUGGCAAGAAUGUACACGAGGCUUGCAGCAAUGCCAAAGAAAGGCUGAAUGAUUUCAGAUAACUUGUUUCCUAUGUUUGUCUAGGUAACAAGUUAGGAAUAGAUACGGCAGAUCUUUGUUCUAAUCUUGAUUUGUCUAAAAUGUAUGCAUUCUAAGACAUGAUUCUAAUUGUUUGAUGAUAUGCAUUUAAGUGUUGACUUGUACAGAGUGUAGAUGUGACUUCGCAUAUCUGGAUUAUGCGACAAUUGAGCUCGACAUACUUGAAUAAUCCUUGUUGAUUGUUUCAAUUUUAUGAAAGCCAGAUAUAUUUAGUUUC